AAUUGUUCCAUUAAUUGCGCGCACACAGAUACAUUUUCUCAACAAAAAACAAAAUAUGGGGUAGUUUUGUUAAAAUGAACAUGUGAAGGGUCUUUAAACCAAAUAUUAAUAUUUCGUGUCCUAAUUAAAUUCAGUUUCUUUCUAGGGACAUUUUUGCAAAUUCACCCAAAAAAACCAAUGCUCCGAUUGCUUCUCUCAUCCCACCACCGUACCAGCCGCCGCCGUUGCAUCUCCACCACGGCGAGUCUCAGCUCAUCAUGGAUCGACAAAAUGAAAGGAUUCUUCACCGGCGAGUCUUCCCCCAAAUCGUUCACUCUUCUCCGAUAUGCGGAUGAGAUGAGAAAAGCAAGGAAAUUGGAAGGUUUGAAGCCGAUUGCAGUAGGGAGGAGAAGCGACGCCACUUUCGCCGAUGCGUUUGAGAAGCAAGAAGCCGUAAUUCGUUACCUAGGGCGUUUGGAUCCUACUGGUGAGAACAUUCAAAUUAGUCAAAAGAUGGAUGCAGCAAAACAAUGUAACUGCACGAUAUUAGUCGUUGAAAGUGCAUUCGCAAAGUUUACAUGGGCAAAAGAAGCACAGAAAAAGAUGGAUCAACUUAAAGCAGAGGGCAAACCGAUGCCCAAGAGCUUAUCAGAGGUUCAGAAAUUGAUGGGGUCGUCCCCCUUGGACGUUGCACGAUUAAACAUGGCUAAAAGUGGACAAAUAAGUCGAAAUUCCCCCUGCCCCUGUGGUUCCAAAAAGUUGUAUAAAAGGUGCUGUGGGAAAGACAAUAAAAGCAGUUGAAAGUGAAAACUAACCGUAAUCGCAUUUAAGACACUCGGGCGAAAAAAGUCAA